GUGAGCGAAGACGAAGAAGUCUCCGCGGACGAGCAGGAGAACAUCGCUUGUUCUUCUUCUGGGACAGUCCUAGAGGAAGAUGUGUGAUGAGUGUUUUUGCUAAAAGAGAGGAGUGAGGAGGCGUCAUCAUGCAGGAGAAGAAGAAGGGGGUGGUCCAUGCGAGGAGGAGCUCCAGUUACAUCCACUGAUUUUUUUUUUGCAAGUGGGGGAGGGUGAAGAAGAAUGUGAAACUUUCUUAACCGUUUUCUGUCCUCUAAAAUGCAACUUUUCUCAUGAUCUUCUCCUACCACUGGGCCUUCGUGUCCACCCUGGAAGUCCUUUUGGGAAGUUUGAGCCAAGAUGGCGCUUGGAGACGUCCCAAAGGACAAGCACAGAGGACGUCGAGGAAGAUAAGGAAGAAAAGUUUGCAUCGUUGAAGUUUGGACACCCGGUCUUCCCUUUGGUGCGGAAACUGAACUUUGUCGUCAUUUUUGCACGAUUGCACCCCCCCCCCCUUCCUGCUGCUCUCCUUCCCAAGAUGUCCUCCCAAGUCAGGAGCGCCUUUGUUGCGAUGCUUAGCGUGCUGGCCUGCGGCGCCGUCCUGUCCCCGAACGGGACAGUCUUUGAGGACAAAUGCAAGAAGACGACGACGUGCGAGGUGCUGAAGUACAACACAUGCUUGGGCUCACCUUUGCCUUACACGCACACGUCUCUGGUGCUGGCGGAGGACUCCGGCACUCAGGAGGAGGCUUUUGAGAAGCUGAACAUGUGGUCUGGUCUGCGUAACGCCCCUCGCUGUUGGUCGGUCAUCCAGCCCCUUCUGUGCGCCGUCUACAUGCCAAAAUGCGAGAACGGCCGCGUGGAGCUUCCCAGCCAGAGCUUGUGUUUGGUCACGCGGCGGCCUUGCAGCAUCGUGGACCGGGAGCGCGGAUGGCCCAACUUCCUCAAAUGCGAGAAAUUCCCAGCGGGUUGCCCGAACGAGGUGCAGAAGCUGAAGUUCAACAUGUCGGGUCAGUGCGAAGCGCCGCUGGUGAAGACGGACAUCCAGUCCAGCUGGUACAAGGACGUGGAGGGCUGCGGGAUCCAGUGUGACAAUCCUUUGUUCACAGAGGAGGAGCACGACGACAUGCACGCCUACAUAGCGUACUUUGGCACCAUCACGCUGCUCUGCACCUUCUUCACGCUGGCUACGUUCCUGGCCGACUGGAAGAACUCCAACCGCUACCCGGCCGUCAUCCUCUUCUACAUCAACGCCUGCUUCUUCGUGGGCAGCAUCGGCUGGCUGGCGCAGUUCCUGGACGGCGCCCGCGACGAGAUUGUGUGCAAGAGCGACAACACCAUGAGACUCGGCGAGCCCUCUUCGUCUGAGACGCUGUCGUGCGUGACCAUCUUCAUCAUCGUGUACUACUCGCUCAUGUCGGGCGUCAUCUGGUUCGUGAUGCUGACCUACGCCUGGCACACCUCCUUCAAGGCGCUCGGCACCACGCAGCAGCCGCUCACCGGACGCACUUCCUACUUCCACAUGGUCACAUGGUCCAUCCCCUUCGUCCUCACCGUGGCCAUUUUGGCUAUCGCAGAAGUCGACGGCGAUUCCGUGAGCGGGAUUUGCUUUGUGGGCUACAAAAACUACAGAUACCGUGCCGGGUUCGUGCUGGCGCCCAUCGGGGUGGUGCUCGUCGUCGGUGGCUACUUUCUCAUCCGAGGUGUGAUGACGCUGUUCUCCAUCAAAAGCAACCAUCCAGGACUCCUGAGCGAGAAGGCAGCGAGCAAAAUCAACGAGACCAUGCUGAGACUCGGAAUAUUUGGAUUCCUCGCAUUCGGGUUUGUCUUCAUCACCUUUGGCUGCCAUUUCUACGACUUCUUCAAUCAGGAGGAAUGGGAACGAAGCUUCCGGGAAUACGUGCUCUGCGAGGCCAACGUCACCAUCGCCUCCCAGACCAACAAGCCGAUCCCCGAGUGCACCAUCAAGAACCGGCCCAGUCUGAUGGUGGAGAAGAUCAACUUGUUCUCCAUGUUUGGGACCGGUAUUGCCAUGAGCACGUGGGUGUGGACCAAAGCUACCAUCCUCAUCUGGAAGCGCACCUGGUGCAAGAUCAUCGGCCGCAGUGACAACGAACCCAAGAGGAUCAAGAAGAGCAAGAUGAUCGCCAAGGCCUUCGCCAUGAGGAAGGAGCUCCACAAGGACCCAGAGAAGGAGCUGUCCUUCAGCAUGCACACCUUGUCCCAUGACGGACCUGUUGCCGGCAUCAACUUCGACCUCAACGAGCCGUCCAAUGACGUGUCCUCGGCCUGGGCGCAGCACGUGACCAAAAUGGUGGCCCGACGAGGCGCCAUCCUGCCGCAGGACAUCUCCGUUACUCCCACGGGAACGCCAGUUCCGCCCCCUGAGGAGAGGAACAGGCUGUGGAUGGUGGAGGCUGAAAUCUCCCCAGAGAUGAUAAAGAGGAAAAAGAAGAAGAAGAAGAAGAGGAAGAAGGAAGUGAGUCCAGCAGCAGAAGAGGAGGCAGCGGUGGACCACCAGCCCGGCUUCCCGCAACGUGAGUUCGGUCGCAGCUCGGUGCCCCGCCUCCCCAAGCUGCCCUGCCACCCCAGCAUGGUGGCCAACCUGCGGGAGCAGCAGAGGCGUCAGCAGAUGCUGGAGGACGACGUCCUGCCGGGGUCCUACCCCGAGGACAGAUGCGGCUUCCCGGCCUGUCAGAGCAGAGCCUACGGACGCAGCUUGCUCUCAAACUGCCCGGAGGACCUGGGCCUGGGAGCGCGCUGCCCCGUCCGGCAGGAGGGACUGUCGGAGAGGAUGGCUCACGUGGCGAGGGUGCCCGCGGGCCGGAGGGUCGGCUACGGUCCCAUCCACUCACGGACUAACCUAAUGGAGGCGGAGCUUAUGGACGCUGAAUCGGACUUUUAGGUGGUCCUCUGACUCUAAGCUAAAGAAAAAGUGCUGGAUACUUUGUUACUUACGUGCACCGACAUAUUUUAUGUUGAAUUAGUAUUUUUUUAAAGAAACUAUUUUAGUGUCAUUUCAUUGGAGGCAGCUAAAAAAGGCUUGAAACACGAAACUGUAGGUUAUUACAAGAAAAAUAACCGUUCAAGUAAGCUAAAAUACACUUUUACACAACUUCAUCAUCGCCUACGUCAUUCUCGCACGUAAUUACGCUCUCCCGUCACUCAUUUAGCCAAUAAAUGACAAGCAGAAGGAAAUCAUUCACGAUUCUCUGGCAAACAAAACGUACCUUUCCUCACUUUCUUGUUCCUAAAUUUGCAGCACAUUUCUUCCUGAUUUCUAAAAAUGCACAUAAUCUUUCUACUUCCUGUCAUGCUCCAAACUCUGUUUUGCAAUGCCUGAGCAUGUUUACUGUACAGAAGCUGUUAAUACAAUGAGGGUAUUAUUUGUACAUAUUUAUCUAUGAAACCACAACUAGUGAGGUGUUGUUUUUUUUUUUUUAAAGGGAAGAGUAAAUGCAAUUUUUUUGUUUUACUGUACGCUGUAACCAAAAGGUCAUUUGUAUCACAUUACAAAUAAUGCUGAAAUAGACCAUCAUAGUUCACCUUUUGUUUUAGACCGAGUAGUUUAAAGAUGUAUUUGUACUGCAGUAGCUGUGCUGGCUCGAGUGGAUGAUAAAGACACAUAACAAAAAAAAAUCCUCAAAAAUAAAUGAAGAAUACGUUUGAAAGGGCAUUUUGUAUGCU